AAAAGAAAACUAAGUAGAAGAUCAUGGCAAGUCCAGACUGGGGAUAUGAUGGCAAAAAUGCUUCACAUAGUUCACUGGAAUUCUGCAAAGUACUCCAGCCUUGCUGAAGCUGUGUCAAAGGCUGACGGUUUGGCAAUUAUUGCUGUUUUGAUGAAGGGCAAACGAGCCCCAUUCACAAAUUUUGACCCCUCUACACUUCUUCCUUCAUCUCUGGAUUACUGGAACUACUCUGGGUCUCUGACUCAUCCUCCUCUUCAUGAGAGUGUAACCUGGAUCAUCUGUAAGGAGCACAUCAGUGUGAGCUCAGAACAGCUGGCACAGUUCCGCAGUCUUCUGUCGAAUGCCGAAGGUGAAAAUGCUGUCCCCAUACUGCACAACAACCGACCGCUCCAGCCUCUGAAGGGCAGAACAGUGAGAGCUUCAUUUUCAUGAGCCCAAGAAGGAACUUCUCCUUCCUCAAGAACACAGCCCCGCUUCUGACAUAAUCCAGUAAAAUAAUAAUUUUUAAGAAACAAACUUAUUCCAAUGCUAGCAAGACAACAUACCUGUAAAUUUAAUCUAUAGAACUAAAAUACUUAAUUUUAGUUCUUAAUGCUUAUGCUCAAAUAAUAAUCUGUAAGCUUGCAAGUACUAGUCUGUAGGCAUAAAUUUAUGCUUAAAUUCAAGUUUAUUUUGUGGAAUUCUUCAUAAUUACAAAUCAAAUGAUUUGUAUCUCUUCCUAUUUUGUUCAGUUUAGUUGAAUCAAUAAAAUAAUUUUAUCUUUCUUU